GCCAUGGUUAAAACACCCCACCGCGGACGGAGCACUUUUUCACCAUGAGGAUUCACUGCAAGGUUGUGGCCAUCGCGGUGUGCUUCGGAGUUUUUCUACUUUUGUACUUUUUCGGGGGGAACGCUGCGGACGAGCCGCCGCUGAAAGAAGUUGCGAAAGAAAAACAUUUUCCAUCAUUCGGUAAUUUCGAGGACAUUGUCCUUCUGAAAGGUGCGAAACAAACCAACGAGGAGCCACAGAAACCACCGAAACUAAUCCGCAAAGAGCCCAAGUUGAGCAGCAGGAGAGCAGAGAAUGUCAUCGCGAAGACUCGGCUUAAAAGUGAGGUGGGGCGCCCCAGGUCAAAGGUCACACUGGCAGAGGAUGUCAUGCACCUGGCAGUGGUGGCUUGUGGGAACCGUCUAGAUGAAACGCUCAACAUGGUGAAGUCAGCGCUGCUGUUCAGCAUGAAGAAGAUCAAAUUUCACAUCUUUGCAGAGGAAGACUUGGCUGAACAAUUUGAAAGAGGGUUCAGUCAGUGGCCUCAGACGCUGUCCUCCAGGUUUCACUACAGCAUAUAUCCAAUCACCUUCUCUGUGGGGAAUGCAGACGAAUGGAAGAAACUCUUCAAGCCGUGUGCCGCCCAGAGGCUAUUUCUUCCUGUUAUCUUGAAGGAUGUGGACUCUCUGUUAUACGUGGACACAGAUGUGCUGUUUCUCCGGCCUAUGGAUGACAUCUGGAAGUUUCUGAAGGCGUUCAACAGCACUCAGUUAGCUGCUAUGGCCCCAGAGCACGAGAUCCCCAAGAUCGGCUGGUAUAGUCGCUUCGCCAGACACCCCUAUUAUGGAGUCACAGGGGUCAAUUCAGGGGUCAUGCUAAUGAACCUCACAAGGAUUCGUAACACUUUGUUCAGGAACAGUAUGAUCGCCAGCGGUCUGUCAUGGGAAAAUCUGCUUCACCCUCUCUAUCAGAAAUACAAGAACCACAUCACAUGGGGAGACCAAGACCUCCUCAACAUCAUCUUUCACUACAAUCCAGAAUGUCUGUACAUAUUCCCUUGCCAGUGGAACUAUAGACCCGAUCACUGCAUGUAUGGAAGCAACUGUAAGGCUGCGGAGGAGGAGGGGGUUUCUAUUUUACAUGGCAACCGAGGGGUUUAUCAUGAUGACAAGCAGCCUGCCUUCAGGGUGGUGUAUGAUGCCAUACAUGAGUAUCCCUUUGAGGAGAACUUGUUCCAGUCUUUGUUUUACCCUCUUCAGACUAAGUUCCUAGACACGGUUAACACCUUGUGUGGAAGAAUACCACAGGUGUUCCUCAAACAGAUUGAGAAGAGCAUGAAGGCGGCAUAUGAGAAAAAAGUGGUGCGCCGUGUCCGACCGCCACACAAGUAAUGAGCCUCGACUGCAUUUCCGCAUUAUAAUGAAGAGUCUCUGCCUGCUGCUUGGAUCUGGGGUUAUUUUUUUCAUCAAGAACGAGCAAUGCCAUGGGCGAGCUACAUUUGACCCAGUAUGAGCGUUAUGAGCCUGAGGAGUGGGAGAUUUAAGCAGCAGACUUGGUUUGCUGGAUUUAUACAGUGAUGCGGCAUGAUUGCAACCAUUUAAACGGAGAUUCAACCAAAUGGGUCUCCAGCUGGGGGUUACCAACCACCCCAAAGUGAUACAGGAGAUUCACUGGAAAAGCACAUCCAAAAAUAUGGAUUCAGAGCUGUUUAUUUACAACUGUGUUGUACUGUUUUGCAGCAUCUAGUUCAUUAUGUUUGGUAUAUUAGACAAUUGAAGUAAUGUGUGUGUCAGUACAUUUGAUCUAAUUCUUGUGUUUAAGUGGCUGCACCAAUUUGUGCAUUCUGCUGCUUAAUAGCAUGAGAUAAAUCCUUGUUUUCAAGCCACACACACACACACACCGUAAAUGAAUGUAGCACACAGAACCAACCAAAGAGAAUUAGCCUGUCAGCCUUCAGAGUUUAGUAAGAUGUACAUUCAAUUUAAGCACAGCCCUAAUGGUGGAUGUUCACACUGUUUACAUUGAAGAUGACUUAUUAGUGAGAGUAGAAAGGAGUGUGAUUUUGAAAGGUUAUAUAUAUGUAUGUGAUGUUGCCUGUUAAUAUAUGUAAAAUGUUAUGAUAGAA